AUGACCGAUACAGACACCGAAAUGAAGAUUGACCCGUCGCGCGCCCAGUCUCUCAUCUCGAGCAUCUCAACGGUGAGAGAGCGCAUCGCCAAGGUGGCAGGUGGCAGAGACGUCCGCCUCGUCGCCGUAUCCAAGCUCAAACCCGUCAACGAUAUUCUCGCCCUGCAUCAGGCCCCUUCGUCACCUCAAAGCCACUUUGGCGAGAAUUACGCCCAGGAACUCAGUCAGAAGGCUGAGCUUCUUCCCCGUUCUAUCAACUGGCACUUCAUCGGUGGACACUGCAAGUCCCUCGCCCGCAUCCCAAACCUCUUCAGCGUAUCCAGCGUCGACACGCUGAAAAAGGCGCGUCUGCUGAGCACGGCCCGCUCCUCCCUCCAGGCGUCCGACCCGUCCCUGCCCGACAUAGCGGUGCACGUCCAGGUCAACACGUCCGGCGAGGAUGCCAAGUCCGGCUGCGCCCCCGGCGCCGACGCCGUGGCCCUGUGCCGCGAGGUCCUCCAGUCCCUUCCGGGCUUGCGCCUCGCGGGGCUGAUGACCAUCGGGGCCAUCGCCCGGAGCAAGGCUGCCGACGAGAACGAGGACUUCGUCGCCCUUAGACGACAGAGGGAUCUGGUCGCCCGAGAGCUGGGGGUCGAGCCGGCCAGCCUGGAGCUGAGCAUGGGCAUGAGCGAGGAUUUCGAGGGUGCUAUCCGUCUCGGUAGCGAUGAGGUCAGGGUCGGUAGCUCCAUCUUCGGCCAGAGGCCUCUCAAGGCGGAUGCCAAGAUCAAGGAAUGA